CCUACAGCCAGCCAGCUCCAUUAUUUAAGUAUGUCAAGAAUAAGCUUCCUUGAUUUCCAGUAUGGGCUUUCAAAGAGGUUGCAACCAAGAGCCAGCCGGUUGGGGUCCUUAAACUACUACAGACAAUACUCUGGUCUGUCACGUGGUUUCCAGCCAAAUGUGGAAGAGAUAAAGCGAGUUUUCAACAAAUUUGAUACCAACAAGGAUGGGAAGAUCUCUUGGGAGGAGUAUUGCUCAGUUUUGAAAGCGCUAGGGAAGCCUGGGGUGGUGGAGCGUGAAGUGGAGAAGAUAUUUCAGGUUGCUGAUUUGGACGGAGAUGGGUUCAUUGAUUUCAAAGAAUUCAUGGAGGUUCAGCACAAGGGAGGUGGGAUACGGACGAUGGACAUACGCAAUGCGUUUCAUAUGUUUGAUUUAGAUGGAAAUGGGAAGAUAAGUGCUGUUGAAUUACAGGAGAUGCUGGGAAGACUUGGGGAACACUGUAGCCACAAGGAUUGCAUGGAGAUGGUGAGAGCUGUUGACACCAACGGGGAUGGCUUUAUUGACAUGGAUGAGUUCAUUUACAUGAUGACCACCCCCCCAACUUCAAAUUAAUCAACAUUAAUUCUCUUCUUCCCCUUCCC